AUGGAACUUAUGAUCACAGCGAGAAAAGCAGUUCCUGAGUUGCAAUUGGUGUAUGGCAUUGUUGUUGACAGAGUGUACACUGGCACACUUAUGACAUCUCUUGAUAUGGUAGAAGAAACCGUCCACCAAAGAAAGUUUCCUGUUCCUCUACCACCAUCACCUUCAAUUAAGGAUGACGAGAUUUUUGCUCCAUCUCAGGAGCUGAGCAAGCAAGGGUGUAUCCUGGAGGCUGCUAUUGAAGCAAGUGCUACUGCAAUUAUCAAUCUCAAGGAUAGCCUAAAUGAAUGGGACAGUAAAGUGGGCGAUGGUGACUGUGGAACCACAAUGUGUAGAGGUGCAAUAGCUAUUCUUGAAGAUAUGAAAAAGCGAUUAGAAAUAUGA